AUGGCUCCGAGACGACUUUCCAGAUACAUCGUUGUCGGCGUAGUCUUUUUGAUCGGCUUUCUUAUCUUUAGUACGACUUCCAACACAGCGCCCAGUGCCUUGGACGAGGCGUCUGGAUACCGAGAAGCCCUCCGCGAAUCUAUAUCGAACCUCAAUGUUCCCUUCCGCUUCACCUUCCAAAAAUCCGCACACAAACCUCCUCAGCAAAAGAACAGUACCCAUGGCGAUAGUUCCUGGUACAGCCAUUGGACAUGGCUCAACCCCUUCUCGUCUUCAAUUACCCUCGACGAGGAGCGUGUGGUUCUCCCUCCGCUCCCUGAACGUCCUCCCGUGUAUACGUAUUACGAUACCACGGUCAAAAGAGAUGAGAAUGUCAAGGAAGUGGACAAAGAGCUCCUGCUGACCUGGCGACGUGCAUGGUGGGCUCAUGGCUUCAGACCUGUUAUAUUGACCGAGGCAGAGGCUAUGAGCCACCCCUUGUAUCAGACAUUGCAGGCGGAGAAGCUGCCCCCAGCGCUGGAACAGGAACUCAGGCAAUGGAUGGCAUGGGCUCAUAUGGGAACCGGAAUGCUUGCCAGCUGGUACUGCCUCCCAAUGGGAGCGUAUGAUGACUUUUUGCUUUCACACCUCCGCCGCGGACAAUACCCACACCUUACCAGAUUCGAGGGACUUGGAUCCGGCCUGUAUGCUGGAGAACAAACUCAGAUCAAUAAUGCCAUCAAAGCAGUACUUGAGAACCCCAAGUCAACUGCUUCUACCGCUUCCAUGAUAGAAGCAUUAGGCUCGGAGUGGUUCAAAGUCGAGCAGCCUACAUCGAUCGCGCACUACGACGCUGAGACGAUCCCCGCGAAAUAUCCCAUCCUAGCCGAACAAAUUCUGACCGACACUAACAAGGGUCGACGCUCACUCAAUCAGUUGAUGAUUGCCCAUCUCCACACCAUAUGGCAGAAUAGCUUUAGCAGUGGUGUGGCUGUGUUGCAGCCACUUGGGGCACAUACCUUCACUCUUGUAAAACCAGCCAAAGAUCUAGCUGGGCUCCUUGCUGAAUGUCCGGCUUCCAUACUGCAGUCUUCUUGUCCGCCCAACCGACCAAAAUGCAGUCCUUGCAUCGGAUCUAGGUUUAGGAUAACCGUCGCGCCUUCUUUCAGAAAUACCUCAUCGCUCUUCACAAUUUCAAUAGUACCUCAUCCUUAUACCAUGGCCACGCUAGCUAAUCGGAGCGACGUUUUGACUGUCGCUCACAUCAGACGUCACACUCAGAGAGAUCCGUGGAUCACAGCUGUCACCCGUGACAUCCUUGGGGACUCUAGAGGAGGUCCAAGCCGAGUUGUGAGCUUAAAGGAUGCGGUGGCUUCAGAAUACGGUUCCAGUCGUUCUCUAUGGUUCACCACUGAGUACUUUCCUGCUUCCUUUUGGCCUCCUCCGCCCCCACCAAAAUCUCCGACAAACGAUGCUCACCCCAAAGUGGAACGAAUUGCUCCAUUCCCAGAACACUGGCUUGAGCAUCUUGACUGGCACUUCGGGUUCCCAAUUCCCAGGACGACAGUUUCACAUGGUGAAUCUCUUCCUCCUGUCCCUGCACCCCACCGGUGGGCCAAGUUUCCUCCCGGACUGCCCGAAGAACGCAAGAAGGGCUCUGACCCUGUUCCUCCUACAGAGGAGCAGGCGGCCAUUGAAGUGGACCUUUUGCUCAAAGCUGCGAAGACAAUACGCAGUAAGAAUGAGGAUGUGCUCAGGAUUAGAAGGGUUGCCGAAGCCUGGAAUUUGGCAGACACAGAGGCUUGGAAGUUUGUCAAAAGUUUUCGGGCUCGUCAACUCGUCGAAAGGCUGAAGUUCGAGGAAGAGGAAUCAGCUUAUGUGACCGGUGGUGUUCGAGGUAAAAGUCGCUGGUGGGGUUCAUCAUAA